GCGCGGGCGCGCGCGUGUUGUUGUUGUUGUUGUUAUUAUUAUUGUCGUCGUCGAAGCCGCCGCGCCGUUCCCUGUUGUACUCGUUGUAGUAGCCGUCGAACAGUACCAGCGGGUGUUUGUGUUCCGUUCGAUCGUGUUCGCGUCGAGUGUGUUCGUCGGUCCGAUCAUCGCGUUCUCGCGAGAAAAUCCGUCUCCAUAAUUUCGACAGAGUUGUAAUCAGUAUAUUAAUGAACGUUCUGUGCACCGCGUGCCUCUACGUAACGAUAAUAAAAAAUAUAACGUUGUCCACAGCCCUUCGUCCGAUGUAAUGCCACAAUGGGACUGACUGGACGGAGGAAAAAAAUCAUAACAAUAACAAUAUUAUAUCGUACGCCCCCAACGAAAACGUUGCGCACGCGAGACCUUGACCUUGAGACUUCGGUUCAGUAGACCAGUGUCGCCGCCGUCCGGUGUGCGUGCGUAGAGGUAGUUGUGCCUCUACGUUCUUGUUUUGCUACACGGCGCCCGGUAUACCAUCGAAAGAAGAGAAAAAGGUAGGUCGAAGGGAAUAGGGAGAGAGAGAGAGAGAGUUAGAGACAGAGACACAGAGUACCUAACCCCGUUGAAAACAACAACCCCGGGUAGAAGGCUCAGAUGACGAUUGAUGACUGAAGGCAGUCUCGACUGUGUCUUUGUCGCGAACGAAACACUGCGGAGGAAUAACAUUUAAUUAAUCAUGGAAGUAAACGCUAAUUUUGUUGUACCUCAGGAACAGAUUAAUUUCAAACCAGUUUAUGAAAACGUAAAUGGGCAUUUCAAUGGAUCCCCUGCGCCACCUGUUGUGGCCCCAGUACCAGUUGGUGUACCUGGAGCAAUGGGCGUUCUUCAACCUCAGGCUCCUGCAUUGCAACCACAACUAGUUGAUGUACCAGUAUUCAAUUGUCCACGCCGACCAAAUCUGGGACGAGAAGGCCGACCAAUUGUGCUUCGUGCUAAUCAUUUUCAAAUAUCAAUGCCUCGUGGUUAUGUACAUCAUUAUGACAUCAAUAUUCAACCAGAUAAAUGUCCUCGAAAAGUAAAUCGUGAAAUUAUUGAAACUAUGGUCCAUGCGUACAGUAAACUUUUUGGUAAUCUUCGACCUGUAUUUGAUGGUCGCAACAACUUAUAUACAAGAGAUCCAUUGCCUAUUGGAAACGAUCGAAUGGAAUUAGAAGUUACAUUGCCCGGGGAAGGUAAAGAUAGAGUAUUCCGUGUUAAUAUUAAAUGGUUAGCUCAAGUAUCAUUAUUUGCUUUGGAAGAAGCAUUAGAAGGCCGCACAAGACAGAUACCAUAUGAUGCUAUUUUGGCCUUAGAUGUAGUCAUGCGACAUCUUCCAUCAAUGACUUACACACCAGUAGGUCGCUCAUUUUUUUCUUCGCCUGAAGGGUACUAUCAUCCAUUAGGUGGUGGUAGAGAAGUUUGGUUUGGUUUUCACCAGUCAGUCCGGCCAUCUCAAUGGAAAAUGAUGCUUAAUAUUGAUGUGUCAGCAACAGCUUUUUACAAAGCACAACCCGUUAUAGAAUUCAUGUGUGAAGUGUUGGAUAUUAGAGAUAUUGGUGAACAACGAAAACCAUUAACAGAUUCACAAAGAGUUAAAUUUACAAAAGAAAUUAAAGGUCUUAAAAUAGAGAUUACACAUUGUGGAGCAAUGCGAAGGAAGUAUAGAGUUUGUAAUGUUACAAGAAGACCAGCUCAAAUGCAAUCUUUUCCAUUGCAAUUGGAAAAUGGUCAAACAGUAGAAUGCACAGUUGCUAAAUAUUUCUUAGACAAAUACAAGAUGAAAUUACGUUAUCCACAUUUACCAUGUCUUCAAGUUGGACAGGAACAUAAACAUACAUAUCUUCCUUUGGAGGUCUGUAACAUAGUUGCGGGUCAGCGGUGUAUUAAAAAAUUAACUGACAUGCAAACAUCAACCAUGAUAAAGGCAACUGCAAGGAGUGCUCCUGAUCGUGAACGAGAGAUUAAUUCCUUAGUUCGUCGAGCUGAUUUUAAUAAUGAUUCAUAUGUACAAGAAUUUGGUCUUACCAUAUCAAACAGUAUGAUGGAAGUGCGUGGUCGUGUUUUACCACCCCCAAAAUUACAAUACGGUGGACGAACUCUACCAAAUCAGGGAGGAUUAAAUGUCCAACAAACGAAACAACAAGCAUUACCAAAUCAAGGGGUUUGGGAUAUGAGAGGCAAACAGUUCUUUACAGGUGUCGAAAUUCGUAAUUGGGCAAUAGCUUGCUUUGCACCACAGAGAACUGUGCGUGAGGAUGCGUUAAGAAAUUUCACAACACAACUCCAAAAGAUAAGCAGUGAUGCUGGCAUGCCAAUAGUUGGUCAACCAUGUUUUUGUAAAUAUGCUACAGGACCUGACCAAGUAGAACCUAUGUUCCGCUAUUUAAAAUCAACAUUCACUGGAUUACAACUUGUAGUUGUUGUCUUACCAGGGAAAACUCCAGUAUAUGCUGAAGUCAAAAGAGUUGGAGACACUGUUCUAGGAAUGGCUACACAAUGUGUUCAAGCAAAAAAUGUUAAUAAAACGUCACCUCAAACAUUGUCCAAUUUAUGUUUAAAGAUCAAUGUGAAAUUGGGCGGUAUCAAUAGCAUUCUUGUACCUAGCAUCAGACCUAAAGUAUUCAAUGAACCAGUGAUAUUUUUGGGUGCAGAUGUAACUCACCCACCUGCGGGUGACAAUAAAAAACCAUCCAUUGCAGCAGUAGUAGGAUCUAUGGAUGCACAUCCCAGUCGUUAUGCCGCAACUGUACGUGUACAACAACACAGACAAGAAAUCAUUCAAGAACUUAGUUCUAUGGUCAGGGAACUCCUAAUCAUGUUCUACAAGAGCACUGGAGGUUAUAAACCUCAUAGAAUUAUAUUAUAUCGUGAUGGAGUAUCCGAAGGACAGUUUCCUCAUGUCUUACAACAUGAACUUACAGCUAUUCGAGAGGCAUGUAUAAAGUUAGAAGGUGAUUACAAACCAGGAAUCACUUUUAUUAUUGUUCAAAAACGUCAUCACACCAGAUUGUUCUGCGCUGAUAAAAAGGAACAAUCAGGAAAAUCUGGAAAUAUUCCAGCUGGUACAACAGUUGAUGUUGGGAUAACACAUCCUACAGAAUUUGAUUUUUACUUAUGUAGUCAUCAAGGAAUUCAGGGAACAAGUCGGCCAAGUCAUUAUCAUGUUCUAUGGGACGACAACCAUUUUGAGUCCGACGAAUUGCAAUGCUUAACAUACCAAUUGUGUCACACUUAUGUCAGAUGUACACGUUCUGUGUCUAUACCUGCACCGGCCUAUUAUGCUCAUUUAGUUGCAUUUAGGGCUAGAUAUCACUUAGUCGAAAAAGAACAUGACAGUGGUGAAGGAUCACAUCAAUCUGGCUGUAGUGAAGAUAGAACACCAGGCGCAAUGGCUCGAGCUAUUACAGUACAUGCAGAUACAAAGAAAGUUAUGUACUUUGCUUAAAAUACCAAAAUUGAAAAAAAAAAAGAUUACUGCGCAACAUAUAAUAUUAAUAUUAGGCAUAAAUUAUAAUACGACCUUGCCAAUCAUUGCCUUUAAAUGUAACUUUAGACCAAAAUAAUUAUUAUUUUUUCGACCUCUGACAAUUAAUUUUAAGUAUUCAUUGUCUUAUUAUUAUUUUUUUUUUUACGUUUUGAAUUCCCAUCUAUAUUUUAGACAUUUUCCAAAGUUCAAUUUUGUUGUUGCUAGUAUUUGUUUUGUUACCUAUUUUUCUUUCUUUUUAUUUCUAAUCAAAAUUAGACAUCACUUGAAUGCUUCCAGUAUCUUAGUUAUGCGAAAAUUCUAGUCUAACCGGUGUAUCGUAGGAAAUGUUUUUGAAUAGCAACAGCAGUAAUGAAAAAUGCAUUCCUCUUUUAAAAUAUAUAAUUAUUGUAUAAUAAAUUUAUCAUAUUAUUGUUAAGUGUGUAUUAUAGUCAUAAUUAGUAAUUGUUUGUAUUCCAAUCUUCCUGCCAACUUAAUCUCUACUUAUCUGAUUUUAUUUCUUCGAUUCUCGAGCUUAAAUAAUUUUAAUUGUGAUUAACUUUAAUUGUAUUUAGUUUUUCUGGUUGGUUAUUUCCCAUUACUUGUUGACGUAGACUUUUGUUAAAUGUGGUCCUCAAUUAAACCGGAAAUGUGGUACCAGUCAUUGCUUAAUAUCUCAAUAGUCUUAAUUUAUAUACUUCAAUGAGUUUUAUUGUUGACUGUUGUUUAAUUACCUCUAACAAUUUUGCAAAAUACUUCUAUUGUGAUUAAUAACUAAAAUAAUAUUUUAUUUUUAUAUUAUACAUAUUGGUAUUAUACCUGAAGUAUAUUAUUUUGUCUUAUUAAAAUACAAAAACUUUUUCUUUUGGGGUUAAGUUGUAACAAACACUAAUUGUACCUGAUACUUAAGAAUAUUAUACAUCUUAAUGUUAGCAGAUAAGAUUUCAAUUCAAAAUGUUUUUAGGUUAACUUGAUCAAAUUUUUAGGGGACAAAAUUAAUUUCCCUCAAAAUUAUUUUUAAUAUUUAUUACUUAGGUAAAUAAACCAAAUUUAUACACUUAAUAUUUAAUACCUUAAACUGUAAUAUAUAUAUUAUUUUUUUUUUGAUUACCAUAGUAUUAUAUUAAUCAAACAAUGCAUAUUAUUCUAAAAUGUGCAUUUGAUUGGUACCACAAUAAUGCUAACCCUCCGAUUAUAUAAUUUGAGUAUUAAAUCAAUUAAAUUUAAAAAUAUUUAUAUAUAUACAUUUACCUAAUAAGAAUAAUAAUAAUAAUGAUAAUGAUAAUAAUGUAAUAAUAAUUAUUAUUAUUACUAUUUUAUACAAUAUAUUAUAUAAAUUUAAUCUUAGUUAGAAAAUAAAAUUUGGUUAAUAUUUAGUUAUCCGGUAUUAAAAAAGCGUAUAAGUAUACUCUUAUUUUAAGUAUACUUUUUAUGCCUUUUAAACUGCCGGUGUAAGUAUAUUUAAUAUUUAUAGGAAAAAUAAAAUGGGAUAACUUUUAUCAUACCCAUUUAAUAUAUAUUACGCUUAUAUUGUGUUAGUUUUUUUUUUUUUUUUUCAUUAAAAUGAUGGAUCUAUAACUUUUUUGCAAAUCAUAAUUAUACGAGGUAUUUGUAUUAUAAAUUAUAAUAAUAUAUAUUUUAACAUUGUAGUGUAAAA